CUCACCUCUGAGACUGCUUAGACCGAGGACAAACACUUUGGCUUAGCAUUCUGAGAGAAGAACAGAGGAGGGAAAGAAAGGUGAAAUCCAGCUUCAAAAGGUGUUAAAGGAGAUGGGAGGAAAAGAGAAGAAGAUUUUAAACUUUACUAAAUAUAAAGUCUUGGACAUGUCAGAAGGCAAGCACAGCGCAUGUGGUCUCUCUGAUGCAGUGAGCUCACCUCUGCCGCAUCCUGCAUAUCUGAGUAACCAUGUCCCAGUGGGUGGGGAAGGUAGGAGGACAGCCAUUGGCCGCAUGGAUUACUUCCGUCACCUGGAAAGAGUGGAGACUCUACGCUGCUACUGGGAGCUCAAACAUGUUCAGCUGGAGGGUCUGGGACAGCUAAAAGAGAAGGAAUGUACAGAGAAGCCAAAUGUGUGCUUAAAGGUGUUGAAAUCCCAGAAGAAGAAACCUCCAGAUGUAACAGAGGCAGCCCAAGAUGACUUGGAAAAGGUACAAAAGCUCAAUCAACAGAACACCAGCCUUUCACAUGGCAAUGCUGAAGCCGAUGCUAGCGUAACAGGACUUCUGGAUUUUAUCCAAGAUGAGAAAGAAGUACAAAUAGAAGAAGAGAAUGACAAAGAAGAGCUGCAAGUAGAGAAAAAAGAUGAGGGGAGUAAGGAAAAUAAAGAUAUUCUCAUAGAAUCCAAGUUAAAUGAGAAAGUAGAGACAAACGAAGAAGGAGAGAAUCGGAGAACAGAAAAAGAAGAUUGCUUGCUUAUCUCUGAGGCACCGUCGUUACUCCUGUCAACCUGUGACUUUAGUCAAGAACAUGCCGCACCCCAGGAAAGCAAUAAUGAACACAUAGAGUUGGUUCCCAGUACUAAGAGACAAGUCGAGAAUUUGGAGAAAGAUGAUCUCAAGAAAAGCAGGGUGGAGGAAAGGUCAGAGGAGGUGGAAAAAAGUGAGGAAGAAACGGAGCCUAGAGUGGAAGCGUCAGAAGUGGAGCCAGAGAAACCUGAGGAGGAAAGGAAACUUGGAGAACCAAUGUCUGAAGAGUACAUGAUAGAUUGUUCACCUCCUCCUUCGGCACCCUUUGAGCACCGUGUGGUGACAACCAAAACCCAACAUAUAGCUGCCUAUUAUACCAUCAACAGAGAGGAAGUGCUUGGAGGUGGGCGCUUCGGAAUGGUCCAUAAGUGUGUGGAGAAUACGUCUGGCCUCACACUGGCAGCUAAGAUCAUCAAAACCAGGAAUCAGAAGGAGAAGGAAGUGGUUAAAAGUGAGAUUGAGGUUAUGAACCAGCUAAACCAUGCUAGCCUCAUCCAGCUCUAUGCUGCUUAUGAGUCUCGUAAUGAUAUCACUCUCGUCAUGGAGUAUGUUGAGGGAGGAGAAUUAUUUGACCGGAUCAUCGAUGAAAAUUACAAUUUGACUGAAUUGGACACAGUGCUGUUAAUCAGACAGAUCACAGAGGGGCUGCAAUACAUGCACAAGAUGUACAUACUGCACCUUGACUUGAAGCCAGAAAAUAUACUGUGUGUGAGUCGAGAAACAAAUAAAAUCAAGAUCAUUGACUUUGGUUUGGCCAGAAGAUAUAAACCAAGGGAGAAGCUCAGAGUGAAUUUUGGCACACCUGAGUUUCUUGCACCAGAGGUGAUCAACUAUGAGUUUGUCUCCUUCCCAACAGACAUGUGGAGCUUAGGAGUCAUAACCUACAUGCUGCUAAGCGGUCUCUCUCCUUUCCUGGGUGAUGAUGACAAUGAGACACUGAAUAACAUCCUAGAAUGUAAAUGGAGCUUCGAAGAGGCAGAGUUUGCAGAUAUCUCUGAUGAAGCCAAAGACUUCAUAACACGUCUGCUCAUUAAAAGCAAGAGUUGGAGGAUGAGUGCAUCUCAGUCACUAAAACAUCCCUGGCUGUCUGAUCAAUCACUUCACCAUCGUCUGCAUCUGAAAAUGAACAAGUGUCACUCUGCACAUGCUCCUCCACCAGAGAGCUGAAACAGAUUAUAUGGACUCACUGUGCAAGACAGAGAAAAUCUUAUUCUUUUGUUGUUCUCUUGCCUAGGGAUUUAAUAUUAAGUUACAGUUUUUUUCUACAGAAGACUUUUUUUACCCAUGUGAAGAACUGGACCAACAACACUGCACCUGAAUGCCCACCAGCUGCUAUACAACAAUGUGUGUCUAUUUCACAAGCACUAUCAGUAAUCUACAACACAAUACGAAUUCUUCUCUGUAAAACAGGAGACAGGAGAGCUUUACAGUCCUCCACAUGCUGCAUACAGCCUGCGCACAACUCCGCUGUUAUAAAUAAUUCACCUUUUACUAAUCAAGUCUUAUUUCUGUGAUACUCUUUAUUUUAUUGUUUGAUAUUUAUACUGCUAAAAGUGAUAAAAUAUUUUGAUUUCAUUAUAUCAUUGUAUAUUGACGUACUGUAGACGUGAUACGCUUGAAUACACAAUUACUUUCACGCCAUGUCACAAAUCCAGCAUCCUCCUCACAUGUAUUUCUUAUUUAGUUAUGGAAACACAUGGCUUUUUGCUUUGUUUGCAUUGUUUAUAUUAGCAUUCACAAAAUGUGUGUGUGAAAUAGAAUGCAUAAUUUAGACUUUAAGAAGUACAGGAACAACAAAUUUCACAGUUCCCCUAAGUAGUCAUGAGAUAUGUUUGGAGUGUAAAAGCAGCUUCUUUGAUUUUAUACUGAAGAUUAAAGUAGCAAUGCAGUGAACAAUGAAAAUACUGAAUAAAAAUUGGACGUUGGUGGUUGAGCUAUAAAGCAGAAACAUUUGCUUAGGAAUGUCAUUAUGUGUUAGCUACAAAUGUCACCAGUGUAAAGAAAAUACUAACUUUACACUGCCAAAUGUUUAUAGGUUCGUAAUAAACCACACUGAUAAGUCUGUGAGAGAUUACUGGAAAACCGCAUCCAGUUUAAUGCAGAUGUUUACAGGAAAAUUGCUAGAUUAUUUAAACUCCAGACAAAAACUAAACAAGCAAUUGUCCUGCCUGAUUAAAUACAUGCUUUAAUUAGAAAUUGUCUAAAGUGUAAACUGUAAGUGUUCAUAUAACACAUAGAGAUUAGGAUGCUGCUGCCAUACAUUUUCCUUCUUGCUCUUCUGCUGGGUUUUUAACUCACCUUCCAUGAAGGCACACCCAACAGUAAACUACCUUUUGUUUUAUACUUAGUUGAAUUUUUUUUUUAUCAGAUAUUUCUGAAUUGUAUCCUAAACAUACUUGAAGUUCAACAUUGUAACAUCACUGUGUAUUAGUAAUAUUAGUUAUAAAUCUGAAUCAGGUGGGAAUAUGGCAGGGCUCAAAAUUAAUGCACAUAUUGCUUUUAGAUGAGUAUUAUCGGACAGACGUGUUGAGAUGCAUGCUGAGUGUGUUUAAAAUGAUGACAUAUGCUUUUUAUAGAUAUGUUGUUUUAUGCUAUUGAUCGUUUGCCUGCAUUGUCAAAGUAAAAGUCUUUUUCUGCCUGGUUUGUCAUACAUUUGAAAUAAUGUGUUUAUGUCACUAUGAGAAAAAUAAACUAAACAAAGCUAUGAUUACAGAUCUUUAUAAUUAGAGUUUGUUGUGUUGUUUUAGUAUUACUGAUAUUAAUUAUACUGACAUUAAUGGUCUAAUGUACAAGUGUAUGGCUAAUGUUACAGGAUAAACAAAUCACAUUCCUCUUGUACUGUAUAGGCCAUUAUUCUGGAUUUCUCUGAUUAUUUUAAGCAAACAGAUACAUGGGUGUAUUAUGUUCUCUGAUGUUCUCUAUGUGCCUGAUAUUCCAGUAUUACAAAAAUCAAGCCUGUGUCAACUCGUCCUUAGGGGCAGGGACCAUAUAGCAGCUGUUCACAAACAUCAACCUUCAUAAAGUUCUCAUAUUCAACUCCAUACAUUUUAAAUUGAUUUGAAAUACAAAUUGUCUCAUUUGAGUGACCAGUGCUUGAAAAAGAAAAUAAAAACAUCUAUUUCACUGAUAUAAAGUCAUAUAAUUUGCUUACUUUUCUAGAUGUUGCACAAUUAUGACACAGCUUGCUGAAAUUCCAACUGCAACAAGCCCAUUGGAGGAGGAAUGACACUAUACAAUCAGUAUGUCACGAUUAAAUGAACCAUUUCUAAAGACUGGGAUUAUUAUGAAGGGGAAAAUGUCCAUAUACUGUAUCAUAAAUGUAUGAGUCCCAUGGUGACUUUGUAGCUUUUUUUCCUGACUUUUUGGGUUAGAUUCAACUCCACACAUUGUCCUUUGUUUGAGAUGUAGUUGGGAAACACAUCUGCUGUAUCAAUCCCAGUUGAACAAAUGUAUGUCUAAAACUGCUCAGAACAAGGUGCUGGACUGUAUGCUGUGGACUAUUGCCUGUUACAGGAUUACUUUAAAAAAAAUCACAAGAUAGCAUAGGUUUAUAGCAUAAGUCAAAUUUGAUGUUUUUAUUUACAUUUUUUAUUAUGGGGGCGGUGGUGGCUCUGGGUUGUCGACAGAAGAUCAGGUUUCAAGCUCCAGCACCUCCAAGCUGCCACCGUUGGGCCCUUGAGCAAGGCCUCCAACCCACCCUUCUCCAGGGGUGCUGCAUCAUGGCUGACCCUGCGCUCUGA